CAAUACAUGAAACCCAUGUUUUAUGCUCUUAAAGUCAUGCUCUGGAAAUUCUGCAAACCCGAUUGUUGGGCUUGCUCACUUAGUGUUCGUGACUUGCUGAAAGGGACGAUGAGGGGCAUUGGGGUGAGAAGCAGAGUCCUUCAAAACCUGGGUCUGAUUGAACUUCAGCGAAGUCGCUACUUCAUUAUGUGAUCUUCAAAGAGGAAGACUUGGGGAUGCAUUAUAUUUCCAGAUUAGAAAUCUUGCGGAGGAAACCCUUAACUUCAUAUGCUACGGUGCCUUCUUUUAUGCUUUCAUCCUAUUGUGUUCCACUUCGGGCCAGCGGAAGUAGCUCAGAAACAGUAAAUGACGUUUCAUAUCAAAUUUCUAGUUUGAUUGGCCAAUCAAAAUGGGAAGAUAACAAGUUUUUGAAGUCAUUGGUUUCUCAUUUAAGUCCUGAUGUAGCUUCCAAGGUUAUAGAGCUUCAAGGGGCUAAUGUUGAACUCGCAGUUCGGUUUUUCAAGUGGGUCUGCAAGCAAUCCACUUAUUGCUAUGAUUUGGAGAACAGGAUCAGCUUAUUGAAAUCAUUAGUUUCAGCUAAUCUGUUUUCUAUUGCACAAAAGGCGAUAAUUUCAACACUUAAUGGUUGUGGUAAUGGAGAAGAGGAGAUUGUUAAGCUAAUGCGUGCACUUGAUGAUAUGCGUAAGAUGGGGUUUCGGCUAAACUAUCCUUGUUAUAGCACACUCUUGAUGACCUUAGCUAAGUUGAGUAUGGGCGUCCCAGCAUUUUCUACUUAUUCAAGAAUGUUGGUUGAUGGGUUUGUUCCUGAUUUUAUUGUUUACAAGACCAUGAUCAAUGCACUUUGCAAGAGUGGGUUUGUACAAGCUGCUGAAAUGUUCUUUUCUAGGGUUUUGAGGCUUGGAUUUGAUCUUGAUACUCAUGUUUAUACUUCCUUAGUAUUGGGAAAUUGCAGGCAAAAUGAUCUUCCUGAAGCAUUUCGGGUAUUUGAGCUGAUGUCUAAGGACGAAGGUUGUAGUGCCAAUUCUGUUACUUACUCAAUACUGAUAUAUGGCCUGUGUGAAGCAGGUAUGAUUGGAGAAGCUUUUCAAUUGCAGCAAGAAAUGAUGAAAAAGGGCUUUGCACCAACUAUUCAUACUUACACCAUCCUUAUCAAGGCAAUGUGUGAUAAUGGUUCAAUUUAUAAGGCUUUAAGUUUGUUUGAUGAGAUGACUGGAAGAGGAUGUAAACCAAACUUUCACACUUAUACCAUAUUGAUUGAUAUAUUAUGCAGAGUUGGAAAACUUGAUGGAGCCACAGAGAUGUUUAAAAGGAUGCUAGAAGAUGGCGUAUUUCCUAGUGCAGUAACCUUCAACGCACUGAUCAAUGGUUACUGCAAAGAAGGUCGGGUUGUGUCAGCCUUUGAACUUCUUAAUAUGAUGGAGAAAAGGAAUUGCAAGCCUAACAUCCGAACUUAUAAUCAGCUCAUUGAAGGAUUGUGCAGAAUUCAUAUGCCCCACAAAGCAUUGUUGCUAUUGACAAGCGUAAUUGAUAAUGGGUUGAUGCCCAAUACAGUAACCUACAACAUUCUUGUUGAUGGGUUCUGUAGGGAAGGUCAUCUCGAUAUGGCUUUUAAUAUAUUUAAUUCAAUGAAAUCAGUUGGCCUUGGACCUGAUAGUUUUACUUUCACUGCUCUUAUUUUUGAGUUAUGCAAACAAGGAAAAUUGGAGCUAGCAAAUGGGCUUUUAUGUAUAAUGACAAAGAAGGGAAUACAUCCUGAUGAAGUGACAUAUACUGUCCUAAUUGACAGGUAUUGCAAGAUAGGUAAAAUAGCGACUGCAUUUAUGAUUCUCAAAGAAAUGGUCAAGAACAGCUGUCCACCAACUUUUCACACUUUCAAUUCAUUUCUUGAUGCUCUCAGCAAACAAAACAUGCUGCUUGAAGAACAUGCAAUGUUUGGGAAAAUGCUUAAGUAUGGUUUAGUUCCUUCAGUAGUCACUUACACCAUUGUGAUUAAUGGACAUUGUCAUGCUGGUGAUAUUGCCUCUUCUUUCAAAGUGUUGGAGCUUAUGAAGCAGGCUGAAUGCCAUCCAAAUGUCUAUACUUAUACUGUUUUGAUUGAUGGUCUUUGCAAAAAUGGAAGAAUGGAUGAAGCAGAGAUGUUUCUGUUUGGUAUGGCUAGUUCUGGAGUGCUUCCAAAUCGUGUGACAUACACUGUAUUAGUGAAAGCACAUCUUAAGGCUGGAAGAUUGGACCGUGCGUUUGACAUUCUAGGUGUCAUGAUCAAAGAUGGAUGGCAGCCCAAUUGUAAUAUCUAUUACGCACUGUUGAAGGGGCAGCAUUCGUCAAGCAAGGGUGUUGAGGUAAACGCAGCAAGUCCCAACCCCGAUUUUGAUAGUGAGUCAUUAGUUUUGAAAGAGAAAGAUGAUGAUUGGUUCUCCAAUCAAGUCUUUAGGGGAAUUGACAUAGACAAUGCUUUUAAACUUAGAGAUAAGCUUGAGAAAUGUGGUGGGCUUACUGCAGAUAUGUAUAAUAUUAUUAUUAUAGGCUUUUGUAAGGAAGGAAGAAUUGCCGAAGCCGAUUGUCUUACCCGAGAUAUGUUGAAACGUGGUCUUUUUCCUGACAAAGCUGUUUGUUCGUAUCUUAUUGAACACUACUGUAGGGAGUGCAAAUUUGAUUAUUGCCUUGAAAUCUUACAUCAAAUUCUUGGCAGUGGUUGUACACCACCGUUGUCAUCAUACAAUCCUUUGAUUGAUGGACUUCGUAACCAAGGGAAGGUUCAAGAGGCACAAAAACUGAUUUCUGACAUCUUAAAACAUAACGUUGAGAAUGGCAUUGCACUUUCACCAAAUAUAGAAUUCCUGUUGAAGAGAGAUGAGCCUGAUGGAUGUCUUGAACUAUUAAAACAGAUUGAGCAGCUGCAUCAAAAUGAGAGGUCAACAAUUUAGUUCUUACUCUAUUGUCAGCGCACAGCAGUUUGUGGGGUUACGGGAUGCAUCAAAUAGCAUGCAUUAUAAAGCUUGAAUGAUGAGGUACAUGAAAUUUUAUUUAGUACUUUUUCCUUCUAGAUUUAUGAGAAAGUAUAGAAUACACUGAAAGCGA